GGCAUGUCGACUGCGCAUAAAAUUCCGUCUCCUGAAGCUAACUCUUCCGGAAAUAAGGAGUGUAUAGCUUAAGAACAGAAAGCAAAAGGAAAAAAUGCAAAAUUAACCUCACAGCGUUAGAAGCACGAAAAAUGAACGUAGACUUAGAACUAAUCGCCCGUAAACUAUUCUUUAAGGCGCGGCAUUGUAACGUGGAUGUCUUUCCUACAAGCGCCGCUUAUGCCCUUUCACAGGCUGUCGCCUCACUUGGCUAUGUACGAACAGACGUUCACUAGCAAAUCGCGCACUAGCCUAAGUACAGCUCCUUCUUCAAUCUUAUGAUGGCGAAUCCUGCGGAAAAUGAACUUGACGAAGGUGAAAUCAUCUUUUUUGUGUGUGUUAGAAUCGAACAAACUUUUCAUGUUGCGGCUCAUACUGAAGUCGAUGCUCCAGUCAAUUUAUGUGAGGAGAUUCACGCUCAAUACAGCGAUCUCGCACGCCUUUGGGGGCUCGGAGACUACCCAUCCAUCAGCCGCUAUUUAUUUCUCGGCGCUUACAUCGAUUGGGGGGAUAGGUCCCUGGAGAGGAUAUGCCUGCUCAUGGCGUGCAAGCUGAUCCUUCCUGAAACCUUAUCUCCCGCGCGGCAAUCAUGAAACAAGCAGCGUCCACAUUUCAUUACUAUCAUUAUUCAAAACUUCAACUGGUAAUACACCUUCUUUAGAUCGUUCGACAUGAAUAUGCGGCUUUACUCCUGCGUAUGUCUUGUAUUUGUUUCCAUGUAAUGGAGGAAGGUCUAUUUAUUGUACAUCAAAUCUUUUUGGAUAUUUUUUCCCAUCCUGUUUGAUCCACGCGGUGAUGGGUUGGAUCACUUUGUUACAUCACCGCUGCAUUUCACCUCCCUCCAGUGUUAAGGUGAGACAUUUAACAUAUUUCAAACAACUUCACUCAGACCAAUGUUGCAACUAAACCAAAUAGGUUUACUAACCUUGUAUGACUAAAAA